GCCGAGAACAAAUCAAAUCAAGUACGCCUGCCCCACACACACGUUUACGUUCCACUUCGUUCGUCAGCCCGUUCUACACACUGAAUCCCCGCUGCCUGUUUUUGAUGAGAGCUCGAGGAUAGUCGAGCACAGAGCGACGAACUAGGAUGGCUUCGCAGAGCAGGAGCAACGGACUGAGCAACAAGGUGACCACCGUGGUGGCCACCAACGCCUACGGCCCGGACGUGAUGAGCGAGAUCAGCUACACGGACGCCAAGGUGGUGGGCAACGGCAGCUUCGGGGUCGUCUUCCAGGCCAAGAUGGUGCCCAGCAACGAGGCGGUGGCCAUCAAGAAGGUGCUGCAGGACCGCCGCUUCAAGAACCGCGAGCUGCAGAUCAUGCGCAAGCUGCGCCACGACAACAUCAUCACGCUCAAGUGGUUCUUCUACUCGAGCGGCGAGAAGCGGGACGAGGUCUACCUCAACCUGGUGAUGGAGUUCCUCCCGGAGACGCUCUACAAGGUGGAGCGCCAGUACGCGCGGGCCAAGCAGACGCUCCCCGUGAACUUCGUGCGGCUCUACAUGUACCAGCUGCUGCGCAGCAUGGCCUACCUGCACAGCCUGGGCUUCUGCCACCGGGACAUCAAGCCGCAGAACAUGCUCCUCGACUCGGACUCCGGCGUGCUGAAGCUCUGCGACUUCGGCAGCGCCAAGCAGCUCGUCUCCGGGGAGCCGAACGUCUCGUACAUCUGCUCGCGCUACUACCGUGCCCCGGAGCUCAUCUUCGGGGCCACCGACUACUCGACCAAGAUCGACAUCUGGAGCGCCGGCUGCGUGAUGGCCGAGCUCCUCCUGGGCCAGCUCAUCUUCCCCGGCGACUCGGGCGUGGACCAGAUAGUGGAGAUCGUGAAGGUCAUGGGCACGCCCACCACCGAGCAGCUGCACGACAUGAACCCCCACUACAAGCAGUUCAAGCUGCCGCAGCUGAAGCCCCACCCCUGGGCCAAGGUGUUCCGCAUCCGCACCCCGGCGGAGGCCAUCGACCUGGUCUCCAAGAUGCUCAUCUACUCGCCCAACGCCCGCGUCUCGCCCAUGAUGGGCUGCGCCCACCCCUUCUUCGACGAGCUGCGCCACGACCCGCUGCAGCAGCUGCCCAACGGGCGCAGCCUGCCGCCGCUCUUCAACUUCACGGAGUACGAGCGGAGCAUCGAGCCGGACGCCAUGCCGCUGCUGCAGCCGCGCCCCCAGGCCACCGGCUCCAACAGGGAGCCCGGCGGCCACCGCGCCCGCAGCACCGCCGGGGAGGAGAGUCCCCGGAAGGCGGAGGCAGCAGUGGCGGUCCCACCGAAGCCGGCCGAGGGGUUUCCCAAGACGCCGGAAGCCGCGGGCAAGAUCCUAGGAUCCCCGCCACCUUUUCUGCGGCACGACCUCGGCAACGGCGACCACGCCGCCGUGGGAGCCGUGCCAAUGGAGACCCUGAACGUGGAUGAGGAGAACUCCGGAGAGAGCGAGGCCGCCGACGAGGACGCCGAGGAUAACUUGGACGAGGACGCGGCGGACGAGUUCGACGACGACGACGACGACGACGAUGAUGGGCGGUUCAAUAGCGCCGACAGCAACAACACCAGCGACGACAUGGAGGACGAGGCCUCCGACGACGAGGACGUCGAGGAGGAGGAGGACUAAAUUUGCCUUAGCCGGAUCGGUAUUCCUCCUUUGGUAUUCCCAAUCCCAGAGCCCAGCCAAGCAGACGGUCACAUGUGAGGCGAUGAUCGCUCAUAAGAUAUAAACCAACCGAAUUGCCACAACAGCAAUAAAAGCACAAAAAUUUGUCGUCAUUGAAGUAAAAUUAUAUAUCUUAUGAUUUCAGAAAUCAUCCAGUGCGAUAUUAGCAAUUAAAUAAAUAAAAAUCUAAUGCGAAAUGUAAA